GCUAUACGACAUGUUCAGACCAUGUAUGAAGAGGCUUAUAAUGAUUACCUGAGAGACAGGGAAAGGGGGAACGGGACUCUCAUUACCUUCCACUCAACAUUUCAGUGCUGUGGAAAAGAAAGCUCUGAACAGGUCCAACCCACAUGCCCAAAGGAGCUUCUAGGGCCCAAGAAUUGCAUUGAUGAAAUUGAGGCCAUAAUCAGUGUUAAGCUCCAGCUCAUCGGAAUUGUUGGUAUUGGGAUUGCAGGUCUUACGAUCUUUGGCAUGAUAUUCAGCAUGGUUCUUUGCUGCGCAAUACGAACCUCACGAGAUAUGAUAUGAAGCUACUUCUACAUGAAAAUUGCAAUCUAGAGCCUUCAUACGGCUGUCACCGGAACUGUCUCCUGGCUCAUUUUUAAUAUUCAAAGGACAUUAGGAUCUAAAAUAAUAUGCUGUUAAUUGUACAUUUGCACAUGUAUGUAUGUUUGGCUCAUUAUUCGUUUACCCCUUGAGUGAAUGCUGUGUAUGUUGACAGAGAUUCACGUGUGGUCUGUGUGUUUCUGGUGUAUGCAUUGUACAUAAUGAAAUCUGUUUGCUGGAAAUUCCUGGUUCUUAUUAUAUCAGAGGAACAACCUAUUUGACUCUCAGAAAAAGAUCAUCAAACUUUGAUAAACUUUAGAAACUUGGCUAUUCAGAAGAAAUGAUAAUGGGUCAUUUUCUCAGAUUCUAGCCAUAGAAAGUUAGAUACAGAGAAUUCAGGAUUUCUGCUUAACGGAAGCAAUAAGUUACAGGACUUGAGAGAUGAUGGUGUAGUGCUAAAAUUGACUACAUCUGAGUUAGGUGUAAGGGUUUCCUGGGAUUUUUUUAUAUACAUACUCUACCCAGAACACAGUAAAACACAGUUUUAGAACUAAACACAUCUGUAAAACUAAAUAUAGCAUGGAAAAUCUAAUUUGAAUAAGUCAUACUUUCCUAGUAUUUAAAAACAAAAAACUCCCUCUGAAAGGAGUGAUCACACAGACAAUCAUGUGCCCUAUAAAAGUGAGUGUUUUUAGGACUUUUAAAAAAAUACCUUUUAGUAACUUUUUAAGGAAAUUUUUUGUUCUUAUAUAAAUACAUUUAAAUAUUACUUUAUAACUUUCUUUUUCCUGACUCUGCUCUGAACUACAGCAGCCCUCCAUGAACAAAAGGGCUUUUAUCUCAAAUUUUUCCAUGUUUCUCCAAAUGUACAGAUAGAAAGACUAAAGCAAGAGAUCUGGCAGUUGCAAAUAGUGGGAAAGAGAAUUUUUACUGGCACUGCAUCUUUGAAAUACCUCAUAACUUGAGUUUACAUAUUUUCCUAAUUUUUUGUAUUUUUCUUAUUCACCUAGAGAAUUAUUCUUCAUAGAUUUUGACCUACAGUUUUCACCCCUUAAGAUAAAACAAAAUUCUUCCUAAUUCAAACAUUAUAUCAUAAGCAUCCUUGGCCAAACCAAAAGAAAGAAAAGCAUCUACUAGUUGUGUGCACAUAGCAGAGACAAGCUAAGAAAAUUAAAAUACACCCACAGAACAGAAAUAUUUUUUUCUGUGUAAAUCUCCUAUAAAAAUAAAUUUUUCAUAUUCUUUAUGGUCUUGAUGCUUCAAUUUAGGUAGGUAAACCCAAAUUUAGAAUCUAAACUUAUAUGUUUGUCAAUUUUCAACAACUUAGUACAUUUAGUAGAUCAUAGAGGGGGUUUUUUAUUACACUUUAAAAGGCCACACAAAAGUGAAAGUACUGGGGACUUUGGAAACCAUGUAAGUUCCUAUGCCUGUGAGAACACAAGUCUUUGGGGAUGCACUAAAGGAAAGCGUGCACUCCCAAGAAACUUUUACAAAACGUUUUGCUGAAAAGACUUAACCACUACAAAUAGUCUUAUUGGCAUAGAGAACCACACUUCUCCUGCCAUACUUGCUACGGCUACGAACUUUGGAGGAAGGUUUUCUGGAAAAAAAAAAAGUCAGAUUGGAAGCAAGCUAAAAAUUUAAUUGUACAUGGCUACUUCACUGUGUCUAUAGCUAAAGAAAAGUUUAUUUUAACAAAAUCACUUCAUGAAAUAGAUGUUUAUACUCCAGUAGGUGAGAAAUGUAACCUUUUAAGCAAAGAACAAAGAGCCCAUCUCUCUUCAUGGCUGUAGUUCAUCCUCUACCUGAAGACAGGCCCAAGUGCAUACGUUUCUUCCACCUCAGAAUCGUCUCUGAUUCAAACACACUGAGUUUCAUUCUAUACCUGAUUAACAACCUUAAGAAGACUACAAUACUUAAAAGUGGGGGAGUGGAGAUCUGUUCCAUCUAUGGUUAAUGUGUCCCUUUGGGGAGUAGUUUUUCCAAAAUCUGUGCCAUGAGUAAAAUUAGAGAAUUCCACCUCUGAGUGAGGGCAGAUUUUUAUAUAUCGUAAAUCUAUAUAUAUCUUGAAUUCCUAUAUAUCUUGAAUCUAUAUGUGUCUUGAAUCUAUGUAUCUUGAAUAUAUAACUCUUGAAUAUAUAUACAUAUAUAACUUGAAUAUAUGUAUGCACGAGUGUGUGUGAAUACAGACAUAUUCAUGUAUACAUAUAUGGGUACAUAUAUAUAUAUACAUACACACACAUAUAUAUAAAUUUUUGGUUAUAUCUGUUUAUCUGAACUGAUUUGAGAUCAGACCCAAAUAUAUUCUUAAGCAUCUGGUACCAAGGCACUGAAUUAAAAUUUCUUGAUGAACUAUUUUAAGUUAUUUCAAAUUAAAUUUUCUAUGUACUGGAA